AUGAGGAUUGUGGCAUGGACAAUUUUCUCGUCGCUCUUGGUGGCGACGGCCAGUGCGCAACUUUCAGCUGGCAGUUCUUCAUCUGUGCUCCUCGACUCGCGCGACCUCUCCUCCACCGCAGGCAGCACUUUGCAGCUCGAGCCGCGCGACGAGGAGGUGGAGAUUGACAUCGAGGAGGUGGACGAGGAGGAUGACCAAGACGAUGCGAUCGAGGCGCGUGGUCGACGAAAGCCGCAUCACCGCAACCACAAGCACUCGCGUGCGGGCCGCAAGAAGAACAAGCACAAAGCAAACCAUGCCACGCCCUCCCCUUCUGGUGGCAAGGGCAGAUUCCACGGCAAGGGAACAUUCUUCAAGCCCAAUCAGGGAAGCUGCGGCAAGUGGAACACGGUCAACGACCACAUUGUCGCCCUCUCGUCCGACAUCUACCAGGGCGGCUCACACUGCUUCAAGGGCGUCAAUAUCUGCCACGGUUCCAAGUGCGCCAAUGCGUAUGUGGCCGACCUGUGCCCCGGCUGCAAGAAGACGAGCCUCGAUAUGACACCCUCGCUCUUCAAGGAGCUCGCCGAUACCAACCUGGGCGUCAUCGACAUUCAGUGGUCCUUUACCUCCUGA